GUAAAAUAAUCAAUUCUGAAGGAAAAUGGAACAGAUUGUGCUAGGAGGUGGAGAAUUUCAGCAAGCUCACCAGCUGCUCCCUUAUUUGAUAAAAACUUGGAGGAUUGAGAUCUCGAUUUAUUCAAAGCUUAAGAUUUUGAUACUUCCUAGUAAGGUGCCUGAGCAUUAUUAUGAAGCCAUUGAGAAAUGCCUUGUAGGCUUUUCAUGUGAAAGACUAAUGCAUGAAAAAGGUGAAGACGCAGACUAUACAGUAUCUUGGAUCCUACCAGUGCAGAACUAUGACAAAGUUUACAGUGUCCUGAACCAAUUCGGCCAAGGCUAUAACAUUCCGGUAAUUCCUAUCCCGUCAAAGAUUCUCCACUGCAUCACAGAAUCUGAUGACGAUAUUGAGAUCAUUGAGAAUGAAGAGGUGAAAGAGAUGACUCAGUUCAACUAUAAUCAACUUACACUGGUGAAGCCAAAUGAUAGUGUAGAGAAAUAUUUAGAAGAAAACAAUGUGCUUUUUCCUCUUUGGGGAAACCAGAUUACUGCAAUCAGAGAGGGAAUCAAGAAUCAAGGAAGAGUAUUCCUCGCUGAUGAUAAGGGCCUUGGAAAAUCAAGAGAAGCUAUCCUAAUAGCUAUGAGAUUUAAACUAGAUCUUCCUCUAUUAGUAAUUUGUGACGACAAACUCAAAACUAUGUGGAAGAAGGAGUUUCAUAAGUGGUACCCUAAACUCAGAGAUGAGGAUGUUCGAAUCCUUGAGAGCCAUAAGAGAAAAAUGCUUGAGGGCCAAACCUACAUCUUCAUUGCAUCUUAUGAGAUAGCUUCAAAGAUCUUCAACAACUUUAAGCCGGAUGCUGAUUGAGAUGCGGACAUAUCCGAAUCCAGAGUCAAGAAUAUAAGGUCUGUGAUUUUGGAUGAUAUUCACAUAUUCUCAAAUCUAAAGUGAAAGACCUUGAAGCCAAUCGUAAAGCACCUAAAAACCUGCAACAGAAUUAUCUUCUGUAGUGCUGUUCCCAACAUAAAGCGUCCUGAUGACCUAUACAACUUCUUGAAGAUCUUGAGGCCAGAUAUUUUUGACAAUAAGGAUCUGUACAGCUGUAGGUAUUGAAAAGGAGAGUUUAGGAACAAGCACUCACUAAGCCUCAAAAAUGACGGAUUCAGUAACGUAAAAGAACUUGAAAUUAUUCUUUAUGAGAAGUUUAUGGUCAGAAGUGUCAGGAAAAACGAAAUACAGCCACAACAGAGAUGUCUCGUAGAAAUUGACGCUAAUGUUGAUAUAGUCAAGAUCGCUGACAGCUUCCUUCACAAGUUGGAAGUCCAGAAAGAAUACACUAAGAGGAAACAUUGAUAUAAUAACAAGGAUUUUACAGUCCUGAAAAAUAGCAACUUGAAAUUCCGGUUAGAGAUGAAGAAGAAUACUUUAAUGGCCAAACUUCAAGGAAUCUUUGUUUUCGUUAGAGACUGCAUGAGAGAGGCAUACCAAAAUCUCAAAAAUAGCAACAGCAAGAAUAUUGCCGUGUUCUGUAAUAGUAAAGAGGUCAGAGAUCAUCUUAAGACAGAAAUGACUGAGGAAGGAUACACAGUAUGAGAUACAACACAAGGUUCUUUUGGGGAGGAAGAUGCCAGAACUAUCAAAAAUUCUCGUCAUCCUGUCUUGAUUUUGAUAUAUCUAAACAAUGUCAGGACAAAUUACAACUUAAAGACUGUUGGUUAUGCUAUCUUCCCUGAGCUGAUAGAAAAUCCAAGCAAGCUAAUCCUGGCAGAAAAGUUGGUGUUUACAGGCGAUAUUUCACAGAAAAAGAUAGCAUAUCUGAUAGCCAAAGGGUCCAAGUCUGAUCAAUUUUUGUUGAAAGAAUUGAAGGAGAAACAAUGGAUGAAUAGCCUCUACUUCCACUCAUUAUCAGAUUGGAAGAGCUACCCAAAGCACUCUUCAUUUGAUUUUAACGAUACAGAAAUGGUACCAGAGAUCCAGACCAUGAUUCAGCAGAAUGACCCUGGUGUAUAUAGUUCUUUGAAAGGAACUGAGUCUAAUCCGGUAGAUAUUGAUGACUUAUCAGGAAUGACUGAGACUGAUCAAAACCAGAUCGAGAAAGGUAUGAAUGAUCUCGUCCUUAUUGAAUCAAAUGAUCAGUCCUUUUCCUCUCCUUCACAAGGGAGCGAGAUUGUGUUAAAUAUUUCUAAAAGAAGCUAA